UGUAUCUUUUCCCUUUCCCUUAAAAAUUAAAACCCGCAUCCUCUUUCCGUCACUCUAUCCGCUUCCUUCCUGUGCCUGGGUCGCUCUGUAGGAUUCCCACCCAUUUUCCCCAAACGCCAGAGCACCAAAAGAGAAGGGAAAGGGAAAGUGAGACCGAGGAAGAAAGUUCUAGAGAGAGAAAUCGACGGAUGUGCUCGCCUUCCCCCCGCGACACGCUGACAGCCAUCAGGGGAGAGACAGCCAAUACUCUGCAAUUUCACUGACUGUGAUUGCCGGAAAUGCAUUGAUUUGGGUGACUCAUUCGUCAACACAAAAUGCUUGCAGCACUCGUGGGCGAUGAGCCCACUGACGUUCUUUCCAGCUCCAAGAAGGAUAAAUCAGAGGCUGAUAAGAUGGACAAGGAGGGCCAUAAGCCUUCCCCGCCUGUUAUUGUGGUUGCCCGGAGUCGCUCCCAGGGAGGUACCCGAAGAGUCACCCCUACCGGUCUGUCCAUCGCCUCUGACUGCUUGACUUCCCCGGUAGAGAAGCAUUUACCUAACGGGGAUUUUUACAUGGGCAGCUUCUCCGGGAAUGUUCCUCACGGAUCGGGGAAAUACUUGUGGACCGACGGCUGCAUGUACGAGGGGGAGUGGAAGAAAGGCAAAGCUGCCGGGAAAGGCAAAUUUUCUUGGCCUUCCGGAGCAACAUAUGAGGGCGAAUUUAAAGCGGGUCGGAUGGAAGGUUUCGGUACUUUUACUGGAUCCGAUGGCGACACAUACCGCGGCACCUGGAGUGCUGAUCGGAAACACGGGUAUGGGCAGAAACGCUACGCCAACGGCGAUUUCUAUGAAGGGUCGUGGAAACGGAACCUUCAGGAUGGCCAGGGCCGGUACGUAUGGAUGAAUGGGAAUGAGUAUGUAGGGGAGUGGAAGAACGGUGUAAUCUCUGGAAGAGGCGUGCUUAUUUGGGCGAAUGGGAAUCGGUAUGAAGGGCAAUGGGAGAACGGCGUUCCCAAAGGAGAAGGGAUUUUCACUUGGCCUGAUGGAAGCUGCUAUAUAGGCAACUGGAACAAGGAUAUGGAAAUAAAGCAGUUGAAUGGCACUUUCUACCCUGGUUAUGGAAAAGAGAACUAUCUUAUGAGCAAUGGGCCGUUAACGGGUGAUAAUUUGACAAUAACGAUGAGGAAGAGGUCGUCCGUGGAUAGUGCUAGAAGGAGCAUCACUGAGAAGAAUUUUCCGAGAAUUUGCAUAUGGGAAUCAGAUGGAGAAGCGGGUGAUAUAACAUGUGAUAUCAUUGAUAAUGUGGAAGCAUCCAUGUUUUAUAGGGAUGGAAAGGGGUUAGAACGAGAUGAUAUAAAGCAGUUUCGGCGGAACUCGUGGUGUUUCCCCGGGGAGGUGAAAAGACCAGGGCAAACCAUUUUCAAGGGGCACAAGAAUUAUGAUUUAAUGCUUAAUCUGCAGUUGGGCAUAAGACACUCCGUUGGGAAGGAAGCUUCAAUAUCGCGGGAGCUUAAACCAAGUGAUUUUGAUCCGAAGGAGAAGUUUUGGACCAGGUUUCCUCCGGAAGGAUCCAAGAUUACACCGCCUCAUCAAUCAGCGGAGUUCCGGUGGAAAGAUUACUGCCCUAUGGUUUUUAGACAAUUGAGGAAGCUGUUUCAGGUGGAUCCUGCUGAUUACAUGUUAGCCAUAUGCGGGGAUGAUGCCCUUAGGGAGCUUUCUUCUCCGGGGAAGAGUGGAAGUGUCUUUUAUUUGACUCAGGACGACAGAUUCAUGAUAAAGACAGUGAAGAAAUCAGAAGUCAAGGUGCUUAUUCGGAUGCUUCGAAGUUAUUACCAGCAUGUUUCUAAAUAUGAGAAUUCACUUGUCACGAAGUUCUAUGGGGUACACUGUGUCAAACCAAUUGGAGGGCAAAAGACGCGGUUCAUUGUGAUGGGGAAUCUUUUCUGCUCAGAAUAUCCAAUCCAUAGACGAUUUGAUUUGAAAGGAUCUUCUCAUGGCCGAAUGACAGAUAAGCCUGAGGAGGAGAUUGACGAGACCACAACCUUGAAGGACCUUGAUCUCAAUUUUGUCUUUCGUCUACAGCAAAGUUGGUACCAGGAUUUCAUCAAGCAAAUCGAGAGAGAUUGUGAGUUCUUGGAGUCUGAGGGUAUAAUGGAUUACAGUCUUCUGGUUGGCCUUCACUUUCGUGAUGAUAACAAUUAUGACAAAAUGGGGCUGUCGCCAUUUGUUUUACGCACAGGAAAUCGGGAUUCUUAUCAGAUUGAAAAGUUCAUGCGAGGGUGUCGCUUUCUUGAAGCUGAACUUCAAGAUAGGGAUCGAGUUAUAUCUGGCCGGAAAUCAUUGAUUAGGUUGGGAGCCAAUAUGCCAGCAAGAGCAGAGCGGAUGGCUCGGAGGAGUGAUUUUGAUCAAUACACCAUGGGUGGUAUCAGUCAUCUGACCCCUUAUCGAUGCGGAGAGACAUAUGACGUGGUCCUGUACUUUGGGAUUAUUGACAUUUUGCAGGAUUAUGAUAUCAGCAAGAAGUUGGAGCGAGCUUACAAAUCUUUGCAAGUCGAUGCCACUUCAAUAUCGGCAGUGGAUCCAAAGCUGUAUUCAAAGCGAUUCCGUGAUUUUGUGGGGAGAGUUUUCACGGAGGACAUGUAGUGGCGAGUAAUGAUGAGAUGGAAUGUUUGUCAUUCUGGUUGAAUUCACCUGCUUGAUUGCAACAUCUUGGAAACAGCUUCGGCUUUGGAGACCCUGGGCAGAGGUGGGGACUUCCGCUACGACCAUUUGGUUAACACGCCAUUGUUUCUGCCUCCAUGAUAUCAUCAGGAAGCUUGCCAAGAAUUAAGGUUGCUUGUGGCUGAAUUUUGAAGAUGCAGCCUUAUGGUUUGCGCUGUUCGGGGUAGGAGUUUGUACAUGGAGAUUGGAGGGAAAUUUGUUUUUUUUUUUUUUGGGGGGGGGGGAGUUUUAAGUACGGAGGUGGGUAUUUAUAAAAAAUUUUGCGGUUACAAAAUGGGAUAGGAUGACGUGAGAUAGGUAGAGGGGGCGAAGCUUUAUAUGUCCCGGAUAUCCAAAAUGCUUGGAUGAUUGAAAAUAAAGAAAUUGUACAGUUCGUAUAUAUAUAGAUGAUGAAUGAUGAUAGCCGAGAGAUUUUUUUCCUUGUUUGA